AUUUAACCAAAAGUAUAUAUAAAUGGUUACGUUAACUUCCAUAACCUUCAAUUAGUUUCUCCAGAAAGCUGUAAGAAAUUUUUUUUUUCCCUCUGUCUUAAACAGAAUUGUUUUUUGUUCUGUUGUUAUCCGUUUUGCCCAGUAUUUUAAUUCUAUGGGAUUUCCUUUUCAGACAUCACUCCUCCCACAUUCGACAAAGCAUUCAAGAAGCCUCGUUCACUAAUUUUCCCAUUUCCUGGGAAAUUUUCUUUCUCGAAAUUUUCUUUCUCGAAAUUUUCCCAGAAAUUUUUGGCAUCACGUUGGAGUCCAGAAAGAACACACAAACAUGUCGCAGGACGUUAUUUCAUCUCAUGAGCAGCUCUCAAUGAUGUUGGUUCUUACCUGGCAAUGUUUUUGAUUUCUCGACUAAAAGAAACACCAGAAUCCAGAAACUUUCCAUUUAUGGAAACUCUCCCUCCUUAUCGUUAAUUAAUUUCUCUGGAUUCCCUCUUGAUAAGAAAAUCACAAAGAACGAACGGCAUUUGAUCGUAUAAAUGCCCACUUCUCUCCGAUCGACUGCAUUAAGAUAAAACUUAGAACCAAUCUUUGGUUAUUCUGUAUUAUUUGUUUCUUGUUUCACAAGAAAACCUCAGCAAGUAGCUAGCUUUUGAUGCAAGCGUUCAACGAUGAGAUCACAAGCCCUCUCACCGCACAAAUCUUCGAUUUCUGCGAUCCGCAAUUAUUUCAAGAAACCUUUAAUCAAGCUUCUGAAGUGACCUCUGCUUCAAACUGUUGUGGCUAUGUCGAAAACAACAAUAAUAACUUUCCUGACAAAUCCAACAGCGGUUCGAAUCAAGAUCAUGAAGAAAUCAACAAGAAUAAUGACAACGGGGACUUAUCGAUCAUAUUCGACUCACAAGACGAUUUCGACAACGAUAUCACAGCUUCCAUUGAUUUCUCUUCAUCUGUUCAGUUCCCAAUCUCUGAUAAUCAAAUCCAAGAUCAGUUUGAUUUCACCGGAAUUCAACUUCACCAGCCUCCGAACAUUCUCUACUCUGCCUCUUCCGGUGAUCCUCUGCCUCCACCUUUAUCUGUUUUCGAAGAGGAUUGUCUUUCUUCUGUUCCAAGUUACAAUCUUGGCUCCCUAAACCCUACUUCCCCUUCUUGCUCUUUCUUGGGUAAUCCCGGUUUACCAGCUUACAUGGCCGUAACCGGGAAUAUGAUGAACACCGGUUUAGCAAUUGAAAGAUCUGGUUUUUUCUCCGGGAGUAUCCAUUUUGGUUCUGAUUUUAAACCAUCACAUGAUCAACUGAUGGAAAUCCAGGCUGAUAAUGGUGGAUUGUUCUGCCCAGAUUCGGUUAAACCUAUCUUCAAUCCAGGAGAGCAUCAUCUCCAGGCUCUUGACGGUGGCGAGAACCAGAACCACCUAGUGGCAACACCAGUUCUUCCGCAGUUAGGAACAGAUCAGAUAACCGGUUUAGAUGACGCGAAUUUCAACAAAGUUGGUAAACUCUCCGCUGAGCAGAGGAAAGAGAAGAUUCAUAGGUACAUGAAAAAGAGAAACGAGAGGAACUUCAGCAAGAAAAUCAAGUAUGCAUGUAGGAAGACUUUGGCAGAUAGUCGUCCAAGAGUUAGAGGAAGAUUUGCGAAGAACGAUGAAUUUUGUGAACCCAAUAGACAAGCUUCUUCAAGCCAUCAUGAGGAAGAUGAUGAUGAUGUAGGGGUAAAGGAAGAAGAACAAUUGGUUGAUUCUUCGGACAUCUUUUCACACAUAAGUGGUGUGAACUCUUUCAAGUGCAAUUAUCCAAUUCAAUCUUGGAUUUGAGUUGAUUAAUUACAUGGUCUUAAAAUAAAAUAAAAAUAGUAUUUUUAUAGAGGUCUAUUUGUAUAUUUAUUAGUGCAUUUUUUUUUGGCAAUGACUCAUAUAUUCUCGGAAAUAUUUUAGAACAUAAGAAUAGAGAGAGAUGAAUAAUGAGUUUAGGCAGGUCAUGAUGAAUAAAACUGUAGUGAGGAGAGAGGGUUUGUUUAUGUUACAUAGAACAUUACAAAGUUUUGUAGAUAUAAGUUAUAUAACAUGGUAUAGUAUGAUACUAUGAUAUGUCUAUUGUAUUUGAUGGGUUGUAUAAUAAUAGUCAUUUGAAUAUUAUUUAUAAACUUUGGA